AUGGGUGUACGCUUUGUAGCGUUCCGCGCCUGCGGGCGAGGUAAGAUCGAUACCGGCGUCCCGCGGAUGGCCGUUCGCGCGUGUGGGGCUGCGGCAGCCGUGGUGGCGCUGCUCUCCGCUGCUAUCGCGCUCCACUGGCCGCCGCUGCACGCAGCUCUACAAAGAGCGUUCUCCCUGCACGCGGCACACUCGACGAAGGACAUGGAGAACCUUCUUCAGUUGGUGAGAAACAUUGUGCCUGCUCUGACGUCGGAGAAACACAAAGGGCAGGAUGGGAGAAUAGGCGUGGUCGGGGGCUGCCAAGAGUACACCGGAGCACCAUAUUUUGCAGGAAUCUCAGCUCUGAAAGUGGGUGCAGAUCUGACCCACGUGUUCUGUGCCAGGGAGGCCGCGGCAGUGAUCAAGUCCUACAGCCCUGAGCUGAUCGUCCACCCAGUCCUUGACAGUUCCAACGCUAUUGAGGAGGUGGACAAAUGGCUCCCUAGGCUGCAUGUCCUUGUCGUGGGACCUGGCCUAGGCAGAGAUGCCUUUCUUCUCAGCAAUGUCAGGGGCAUUUUGGAAGCCACCAGGGCCAGGGACAUCCCUGUCGUCAUCGAUGCGGACGGCCUAUGGCUGAUUGCUCAGCAGCCGGCCAUCAUCCGAGGGUACCGGAAGGCCGUUCUCACCCCCAACCAUGUGGAGUUCGGCAGACUCUGGGAAGCCGUGCUCAGUGGUCCUAUGGAUACUAAAAACCACAGUGGAUCCGUACUGAAGCUCAGCCAGGCCCUGGGGAACAUCACAGUGGUCCAGAAAGGAGAACAUGAUGUGAUCUCCGAUGGUCAGCAGGUGCUCGUGUGCAGCCAGGAAGGCAGCAGCCGCAGGUGUGGUGGGCAAGGGGAUCUCCUGUCAGGCUCCCUGGGUGUCAUGGUGCACUGGGCCCUCCUUGCUGGACCAGAGAAAACAAACAGCUCCAGCCCGCUCCUGGUGGCCGCCUGGGGUGCUUGCGCACUCACCAGGGAGUGUAACCGGCAGGCCUUCCAGAAGUAUGGGCGCUCCACCACCACCACCGACAUGAUCGCCGAGGUGGGAACUGCCUUCAGCAAGCUCUUCACCUGAGUCAGUGCACACUGAGGGGGCCCAAAAACUGUCCUCCAUUUGCUGAGCCGUGGGCCCAGCCUUUAGGCUAAACUAGCU